GGUUGUAUGCUAGGGCCCCAAAGCGUCACAAGUUUCCAUUGACAUGAAACUCUUUGGGAUCCUAGAUUCACCCAUUGGGUUCAGGCACAAGUUUGGGCUGUAGUCUGUGCCUACCAACAUCACUGUGCAUUUGUGUUUUACAAGGAAUGUUUCACAUUUCGAGAUUAUCAAAAGAUUGUAUACCAGCCAACUGCUCUGACUGCUUCAAGAUGGAGCAUACAAGAAAAGUUUCUGAUGUGCUGGCAUGCUCCUUCAGCAGCUGGUAUCCAUUAUUUGAGAAAGUUACCAUGAAAAGCGUGUGGCUGCCGCUGCCGGACGAAGUGGCGGCGUACGUGCGCAGCGACGGCACAGUCGUUUCGACCGAGGCGACGCACGCCGACACGCAGACCGACAGCGAGGACGAGGAGGACGCGGUGGACUGGCACGCCGCCGAGGAGGACGCGCCGGAGCUGCAGCGGCCCGAGUUCGCCUCGUUCGACACCGAGCUGCGCGCGGCGCUGGCGGCCGUGGGAGGCGCCGCCUUCGUCAAGCUGAACUGGAGCGCGCCGGUGGACGUGCGCUGGCUGUCGGUGGGGCGCGCGCUGCGCUCGCAGACGCCGGGCGACGUGCACCUCCUGCUGCGGGGCUCCGACCGGCUCCAGCAGGACCUCUGUCAACCGUUCCGGGACUGUGCGGACGGCCAGGGCGCCUCGGUGACGCCUCUGCUAGUGCUGCGCCGGUGGCAGGACGUCAGCCCGGCCGCCGAGUUCCGGUGCUUCGUACAGGCCGGCCAGCUGAUCGCAAUAUCGCAGCGUGAAAUCAGUCAGUAUUUUCCUCAUUUGGUCCGAGAUGCUGCCGGCAUAGUUACAGACAUCUCAAGUUUCUUUAAAGAGCAUAUCCAGGCCAAGUUUCCUCUACAAAACUACGUCUUUGACGUGUAUCGCCCCACAAAAGACCGCGUACGUCUGCUGGACUUCAGUCCUCUGGCGCCGCCCACCGACCCAGCCUUGUUCACCUGGCCACAGCUGCGGGGCGAACAUUGUCUCAGGUGUGAGGAGCCUCCACCGGCCGGCUCGCCGCUCUGCGCGCCGUGCGCGGCUGCCGGCGGCGUGCUGCCCGUGUUCCAGCACAUCGCCGACGAGGAGGGCAUUCAGCGGGCGCCGUUCGCCGACGCCGAGGUGCCCUAUGACGUGCGCCAUUUGGCUGAGGCCGGUGGUGCUGCCGCGAUCAUCAGCCUGCUGCGCAAGAGCCAGCUGGGAAAGUCUGACGGCAGCUCAGAUGAAGAGGACGGCUGAGGCCGGUGCCGUCACCUGGUGACCAAAUAGCGCGCGCCAGCGCUGCUGCUCAGCUGCAGAGUCGUGACGGAAGACGGGGACUGGCGGUGGCACAGAAUGGGCACCUGCACAACGGCGAAAGGACUAUCUCCAGUGUUCCGGAAUGAUCAGUGCCUUCGUUUCCAUCAUGCCGUCCUACCCGUAAAACCAUGGCCAGUUGGUCGAUACGGUCAUGAGAAUGCAGCGCAAAGAUAUACGUGAACCUUGUUAGGUGAUAAAUAUUUGAUGUGCGAUCAUUUGGUGACCAAUGAAUAUCAGACGCAUUUUUGUGAGUGUGUAAUAAAUUGCAAAG